AUGGCUCUGCAGGUUGUGCCACUCCUCCUCCUGUUGUCUUCUUUUUGCUCAGCAACUGCGACAUCAUCAUCUUCAUCAUCAGUCAAGUCGGUGCAGGCAAAGCCUAACUGCCCAGAUAAAUGUGGGAACAUCACCGUUCCCUACCCCUUUGGCUUGGGACACGACCCUAAUUGUUACAGAGAUGGCUUCAAACUAUCCUGCAACCACACUUUCACCCCUCCCAAAUUAUUAAUUGCCUCUGCUGAUACGAUCAUUUUCGAAGCGACAGACCAAGACGGGGUCUAUAAGGAGGUUGCUGAUAGAGUGCUGGAAGUUAAAGAAAUAUCAUUAUUACAAGGCCAAUUGCACGUCUAUUCAUUCAUGGACUACAAUUGCUACAACCAUUCCUUAUUUGUUAGCCCUAAUAAGUCCUCGAUCGUUAUGGAUUUAUGGGAUACGCCCUUUACUUAUUCCGACACUCGCAACAUGUUCACGGUUAUCGGUUGCGACUCUCAAGCCUCCAUUAAGUACAACAAUAAUGAAAGUAUUGGAUGGUUUGGAAUCCUCCAAUACGGCUGCUCUGUGUUUUGCUUAGGGAUAGAGGAAACGCUGAGUGGGAAUUACAGUGGCAUGGGUUUCUGCCAAACCACCAUCCCCAGGGAACUAAAGAGUGUUGGAAGGAAGUUGGAGAUUCUAGAAAAUUCAUCAUUGGAUUUCAAUCCAUGCGCAUACGCUUUCAUCGCUGACAAGGAGCGGUACAACUUCUCCGUAGCUGAUCUCUCGGGCUUUGAUUUCUAUAGAAGAAACAGAGGAAUGGUUCCAACCAUACUCGACUGGGCAAUAGAGAACGACUCCUGCGAAAACAUUACCAUGAGAAACUCCACUACUUAUGCAUGUGGCAACAACACCCACUGUUACAAGUCCCCCAACGGUCUCGGGUAUCUCUGCAAAUGUUUGAAAGGCUACGGAGGCAACCCUUAUCUUCAAGAUGGAUGUCAAGGUACAUAA